ACACAUCAGCGGCUCGUUUCGAAGCCAAUCGAGCCUGCAGACGCCCAAGUAGGAAGGCAGUCCAGCUCAUUCGCAAGGCCGACGCGCGGGGCAGCAAAAAAACGCAGCCCUCCGGCCGGCAACAACACCCACUGAGCGAUUUGAACAAUGGGCAACUCCCGCAGCAGCCGCCGCCGCCGCUACGAGGAGAAGGACGCGUCGGAUGAUGAAGAUGAUGGUGAAUAUAUAAGGCAGCUCGAGUUACAUUUAACACGAUUGAUCGCGUAUGCCGAGAGCGCGGACCCGACUCUCCAGAGAGAAGUUGCUGAGAAGCUCGCGAAUGCCGCCGUGAAAGCAGAAAGGCAAGUACAAAUAGUGAACUUGGGCGGUCUGAGGUUGUUGGUGCCACUCACGCGUUCAAGAGAUGCGGAGGUCCGACGGCUCGCCGCGCACGCUUUAGCUAAUCUGUCAGUGGAUGCGCAGAACCAGAUAAAGCUCGCCGAGGAUGGUGCUAUACCUGUGUUAAUAGCAUUACUCGCGUGCCAGGGCGAAAUCCACGUACAAAGACAAGCUGCGAAAGCUCUAGCGAACAUUAGCGUCAACGUGCGGAAUAAGGAAAGGGUCGCAGAAGAAAAGGGCAUCAUCCCGUUGGUGGAGCUGGCGCGGUCGCCCCAUGUUGGCGUGCGCGUCGAGGCCGUGGCGGCGUUGGCGAAUCUGGCGGUCAAUGAUAAAAAUGAACAAGAGAUCGCGCGCGUCGGUGGGCUGGAAGUUAUUCUAGAUGGUGCUAAAGCACCCUCUGUCGAUCUGCGAUCGCAAUGCGCUCGCGCUUUGAGGAAUCUUUCGGUGAAUACGGACAACAAGGCGCGGUUGAGAGAUUUAGGGGCCAUUCCACUACUCCGAGACAUCGCGGCGUCGAGAGGUACCAGGGCGGCCGCGCAAGCACAAAGAGCUUUAGAAAACCUCGAGGCGAGCGAUAAGAAAUAAGUAAU